AUGGCUCAUGUGGCCACUGAUGAGAUGGUCUGGGGGAUGACUGAAAACGUGGCAGGGGAAAUCAAGAAUCCUCUGGCUUGGGUCCCUCGUGACCAGCUCAUGGCAGACGUGGAAGCGUAUGCCACUGAGUAUGGUCUCGAGGAGAUUACGGUCAUCCUCAAGAAGGGUGCUCUGGUUGGCCAGGCCCCAGUUGACUUUGAAAGAAUUUCUGAGCUUGAUGAAAAUGAUCGGCUCGUCCUUCGUCAGGAGAUCACCAACCGGUGGAAGCACCCCUGGGCACUCUACUACACGAUCUUCCUGAAUUCCAUCUCUGCGGCCAUUCAAGGAUGGAACCAGAUUGGCUCGAAUGGAGCCAAACUUACUUUCGAUGUCUUCUUUGGGAUUCCCCAGUCAUCGCCUCUCUGCCCGGAUGCUUCCACCUGCCAGCGCAACCAGUGGAUUGUUGGCUUGAUUAAUGCAACUCCCUAUAUCACCAUUUGCCUUCUUGCUGGAUGGCUUUCGGAUCCCAUCAACCACAUCAUUGGUCGAAAGGGAACAAUUUUCAUCACUGCCAUAUUCAGUCUGCUUGCUCCCAUUGGUUCGGGUUUUAUCCAACGCUGGGGUGAACUGGUAGCAUGCCGAGUGCUUCUUGGGAUCGGAAUGGGUCUCAAAGAAGUGACGGUUCCAGUAUUCUCUGCAGAAACGGCGCCAACCUUCAUCCGAGGAGGUCUGGUCAUGUCGUGGCAGCUUUGGACCGAUUUCGGAAUUCUCCUCGGCUACUCGGCCAACCUGGUUGCCACCAACACUGGAGAUAUCUCCUGGAGACUCCAGCUUUAUUGGAAUCUGAACCACAAAAAGGCAUAUCGGUCCCUUCCUCGACUCCGGAACAGCUCUCUCCAGGCUGCCCGUGACCUCUACAUGAUCCAUGCGCAGUUGGAAAUGGAAAAGCGGAUGUUGGAGGUCUCUGGAUUUGCGAAUACUGAAAGCAUGGUUGUCCGCUUUGUCGAACUGUUUACUGUGUCUCGUUUGCGACGUGCAGUCCAGGCAUCGGGAGUGUCAACAUCAUUUCCUUUUGUUCUUCGACAAUUUUCCAGCGGGCAGGUGCUAGCAACAUCAGGGCACUCUUUGGCAUCAUGGGGAGCUGGCCUCGUGAAUUUCGUCUUUGCAUGGCCCGCAGUAUUUACCAUCGACACAUUUGGUCGACGUGGUCUGCUCCUUUUCACGUUUCCCCAUAUGUUCUGGACUCUUCUUGCAGCUGGGAUGUCUUUCUGGAUUCCGGAAGGUAGCAAGACGCAUCUGGGCCUGAUUGCCAUGUUUAUCUACCUUUUCGAAGCCGUGUACUCACCUGGAGCUGGCCCUAUGCCCUUCACCUACUCCGCUGAGGCCUUCCCAAUGUCGCACCGUGAGGCCUUCACCCCACAGGGUGCGUUUGGGUUCUACGCUGGAUUGAACUUGAUUGCGUUAGCCAUGAUCUUCCUGUUCCUGCCCGAGACAAAGCAGCGAUCCCUGGAGGAACUGGACUAUGUGUUUGCGGUCCCAACCCGCACCCACGUCAAGUACCAGAUCACCCAAGUUCUCCCGUGGUGGGUCAAGAGAUACAUCUUCCGACGCAAGGAUGCGGUUUGUCCCGAGCUGUACAAGUUUAAUGACAACCAGGCUCCUCCUGCCUACGGACUUGUCUCGAUUGUGCCCAAGACCCAGACCCGACAGGUCUGA